AUGCUCACUCGUUUACACCGAUCCCUCCGCAGGGAGUUCAAGCCUCGCUACGUGGUCCGGUACGGCUCGUCCCGCACUUCCCGCCAGGCCACGGCGUUCGUGAGCAAGGUGUUCAAGCACCCGAACUGCCACCUCGUGAACCAGGACCGCGCCGUCGACGACGUUGCCAUACUGGUGCUACGGACUGCACUGCCUUUGUCCCCGGUGUGCCUGCCCAGAGCCGGUGCGCCGCUGCCCUCGCAUGUCACCGUCGCCGGCUGGGGCAACACCAUACCGAGCAUCGACUCACUGCAGCUGCCUGAGCUGCUCAAGGAGGCGCAGAUGGAGGUGGUCUCCAAGGACAGGUGCCAGGAGGAACACUCGUACGCAAACCUGACGCACCAGAUAUGCGCCCAGCCGGCAUCCGGCUUUCCUGGAGUGGGGGACUCGGGUGGCCCGCUGAUGACCAAGGGCUCGUCUGGCGAGUGGACCCUGGUGGGCGUCGUCUCGUGGGGCAACGAGACCCGGUUCCGGUCGUCACCCUUCGUCUUCUCGGACGUCUCGGCGCUCCUCUCGUGGAUACACGACAUCGUCGCUAUGCCCGUCUGGUAGCGCAGCAGGAGGAACGGGAUGCAUCGGGUGCAGGGCGGGGUAGCUGGCCUAAUAAAGGGAGCCACCGGAG